AUGGCGCACCCAUUUGCCCUCAGCACAGGCGUCUGGGACCCUUCCCAUCGCUUCGAGACUUCCUGGAUCCUCCCGCCCUAUGUCCUCGGAGGCAUCCGUCUCCUCAUCGGCCUCUACGCCAUCACGGUCCUCUUCUUCAACAUUGGCUAUCAGUGCGCGCACCCCGAACUAGGCGGCUGCACCGAGUCGGCCAAGUCGUUCUCAUUCUUCACUGUCCUCACCUAUUGGGGCCUCGCCUUCUACUUCCUCUUCGCCGCCGCUCACACCCUCAGCUACGCGCGCACAAACUCGGCCCUUCUCGAUCGCUGGCCUCGCAUCCUGAAAGCCCUCCACUCGCUCUAUUACACGACAGUCGUCACAUACCCAGUCCUCGUCACUGUGGUCUUCUGGGGUAUCCUUUAUCCCCCCUUGUAUGGCCAGACUGGCUUCACCAGCACAUACGGGCUCUGGGGCAACGUCAGCCAGCAUGCGCUUAACUCGGCCUUCUUGCUCUUCGAGCUCAUCUUCACGCGCACGGCACCUCCGCCCUGGAUCCAUCUGCUGUGGCUCAUCCUCAUCCUCGCUCUUUACCUCGGUCUCGCUUAUCUGACUGCCGCCACCAAGGGCUUCUACGUCUACCCCUUCCUCGACCCUACCAAGCAGCACGCCUUUGUCGCCGCCUACGUCUUUGGCAUCGCCGUCGCCAUCAUCGUCAUCUUCGUCCUCGUCUGGGCUCUCAUCAAGUUCCGCAACUGGGUAACGGAGCGCAAGCUAGGCAUGGACGGCAAGUUUGCUGGUGGCCGCAGCGCGCACACUGAGAAAACCGUCUCGCCAGUCCACUCGAGUGCUUGA